CUUACUCAGGCCACUCACCCUGGGCUCAGCUCAGACUCAGGCGCUCAGGGGCGUGCUCAGUUUUACUCAGUGAGCAAAAAGCGGCGAGGACUGAGCACUAAUCCGGAAGAGGAAAGCCAAGAAGUGGGAGUGGAAAUUCAGUACAUACUAAUGACCGAUUACUCCAACCCGUGGACUCAACGAUUGGGAUACGUUUUGCCCAAUGCUUUGUUGUUGGGGCUAUUCUUAGAUGCUUAG